CGUGUGGAAUCGAGCGUCUUCCCGCGCCCACGCGUGUUGUUCGUGGGUUCUGGAUGAAUUUCUGACAGGUACCAGUUCAUUUUGUCCACGUCCAAACGUGAAAGUCAACAUGUCAGCUGAAGCAAGUGAAUGCACUGCGAGGAAAAUUCUCAUUGCUGUCGAUGGAAGUGAACAUGGUGAUCAUGCAUUCGACUGGUACAUGGAAAAGAUUCAUUCUGCUGGAGAUUCUGUGAUUGUGUUACAUGCAUUUGAGAUUCCUUCUCUUCCAUAUUCAUCUGGGCCAUUUGUGUUUGCUUACUAUGAGGAAUGGAGUGAAAUGGUCAAUGGUCUUAGAGAACAGGCAAAAGAGAUGAUGCUGGGAUAUGAAGAGAGAUGUAAAGAGAAAAAGUUACAUUAUGAGAUGAUCCUGAUUGCUGGUAAGCCUGCAGGUAAUGUGAUAUGCAGUGAGGCUAAAACACAGAAGGUGGACCUUGUUAUAACUGGUUGCCGUGGACUGAGCAAAGCUAGACGUACAAUCCUCGGAAGUGUUAGUGACUAUGUAGUGCACCACAGUGGCCUUCCUGUCUGUGUAGUACCUCCUCCUUUAAAAAAACAUGACCAAUGAAAAAUAUUCAGAUACACAGAUCUGAUUCCAGCUGCAAUUAGACAUACUGCUCCAAGAGAAAAACACUUUUUGGUUUACACGAGGCAUUCAUUUUUCAUAAACGUCUUAAUAACUGAGAGUGAGGGCCAUACUAGGGAAUAUUGGCCUGAGGUCCAAACCAAAAUGGCUAAGGGCCAAUAUUCCCCAGUACAGCUUGAGCAAGUGAGGUUAGUAAGUAGUUAUAAUUAUAUGGCACCCAGACAAAUCUUGUUUAUUUUCAAUUUGCAAGCUUUCCCAAACUUAAAUAAGGAACUGUCGGUAUGGCAAAAUCCUGACCAAGUAAGGGCCAAUCAGAAUGACUGGAUUUACCUCAGGAUUUCAUAUGUAUCUUGUAAUGUAAUUAAAUUGAGUAUUUUAAUUGGGCCUGUUUCAAAUGCCAAGCUGCAGUCACUAGAAACUGGCAUAGAUCACAACUUGUUUGAUCUGUGUAGAUGAUCAAAAGGGUUACAGCUCUGCAACUGAGAAAAUGCAUUACCACUGAAAAGGAUACUUAUUAAAAUAUUGUAAGUAGUCUGAGAAGAUUUUAACCAAUUGUUAUCAAAAUAGGGGUUUCACUGGUCAUAUAACUAAUCGUUUAAACAUUAUGAACAUGCAAACAAUUUAAACUAUUUCUGGUUCAAAUUUUCUCUGCGUUAUCUAAAUGGUUACAGAAACUGUACCAGAGUUAUGGAGAUUUAGAUUGCCGUAACUGAAGAUAAUUAUCAUUUUAAAAGUCCAUUUACCAUUGCAACUUUCAGUCACUGUCUGGUACUUAAAAAUUUUUAUCUAGGCUACAUCAAAUUUCCAUGAUUACAAAGUUUCUCAAUUUUGGAUCAGACUCUUUCACGUGUGUCUUCAAUUAUCAUCAAGAUAAUAAUUAACAACUAUUCACCAAAGUGGAGCUAGGUUGCCGCGAGGUUAAUAUCCACUGCAAGCCACAGCCAUAGAGGUGAACAAUUAUCUUAGAAUAUACUAGAUCAGUGAGAUAAUAUUGCACUUAAAGAUGAUUUUUGUUCCUGCAAGAUUACAAUAUUUUCUGCUGCAAAUCCCAUGUUAGUCACUUGAAGGUUAAUGACAAAGGAUAUUUUUAGUUUGAGUACCCAAUCAAGAGUGUGCCUUCAAUGCCAUCCACUGAUUUAGUAUAUACUAAAUGUCAAUUACAGACCCAGUUUACUAAGUGCAUUCAGAAGUUACAAUCAUCCACAUAUCACACAAUCCUCUAAAAUAUUUUAACUAUUGCCACUUGACAUAUGGUAAGCAUAGAGGUCAGUAAUAUUAUUAAGGUAAUUUAAUUAAGUGUACUAAGCUACAAGUAUUUACAUACUGUAACUGUAGAAGAAUUUUACUAUUUUGAGGUUUAAAAAACUUCCCAAAAGUAUUCUUGCAUAAACAUUGAAGUUAAGUGAUGUUAAAUUUCAAAA